UGUACUUCCGCAGGAGUGCUCACGAGCUGCUGUCCCGCGCGGUGGGGUUGUCUAUAAAUCGCCAAGGUCACAAUGGCUGACAGCGCCGACGUUACACCUGUCGUGAGCAGCCAGCCUCCUGGAAAAGAGGAGCAGGGAGGAGGAGAAGGCGGAGGAGGCUCAGACAGGGAUGCAGGAGGUGGAGGUGGUUUGACGGAUGCCCAGAGAGAGGUGUUGGAGAGGUGUCUUCAUUCACUCAGGCAUGCUAAAAAUGACAGCCACACACUGGCUGCUCUUCUGUUGAUCACUCGGUUGUGCCCAGCAAGUCAACUAGACAAACCCACCUUGAGACGCAUCUUCGAGGCCGUGGGACUCAACCUUCCAGCUCGGCUUUUGGUGACAGCAGUCAGAGGGAGUGAGAGCUCUGGCUUACCCCCACAUGAACUCCUUUCACUGGGCACAGCUCUGCUGGCUGCCCUGAGCACAGACCCAGACAUGGCCUCCCAUCCCCAGCUCCUCACCACCAUACCGCUCCUGCUGGGCAUUUUAGCAAACGGUCCCGUGUCAAACCAACAAAAACAGGCUGCCCAGAACCAAGCUGGAGAGAUGGGGCAGAGUCCAGAUAGUAAAGUACAAUCAGCAGAGAGUACGAGCCCAGAAAGUAAUCCUACCAAUGUGGCAGGAGAGAGCAAGACCAGCGAGCGAAAGGGUGAUGAUGGCAGUACAUCAAAUGGAGUAUCAGCAUCUGAAGAAACUUCACCAUCUGCCGGUCUUGAUGAGGCCAUGGCUGCUGACUGCUACCAGGUUCUGACAGCUGUGUGUGCGUUACCCAGGGGUCCUGACCAGCUGCUGAGCAGGGGUGCUGUUCCUGCUCUGUGCCAAGCCGUGGAGCAAAACCAGACUUUUAGCCAUGAGAGGGGGCUUGCCUUGCUUGGUUGCCUCCUCUCAGGUAAAACCAAGGACAGAGCCUGGAGUAAACACCAUGCAGAACUCCUCUCUCUACUGGUCAGGCUCUCCAAAGACUUUAGCCAGUCCACUGACCAGGCCAGGCUGGACAUGUGUUCCCAGUUGGUGCAGUUUCUCCCCCCAGUAGGAGUGACAGUGGAAAGGGAAGAGCUGAAGGGAGUCGUGAGCCGUUUGUGGGGGGUAUUGAGACCCAUGAUGCAGUCUAAGCUAACACCGAGGCAGAUCAGGCCGAUCCUGGUCCUCAGUGCAUGUCUGCUGGAUUUGUAUGGCUGGGAACUGGUAGGACCCCCAAAGUUCUGCUGCUUACUGGUGAACCGGGCCUGCGUGGAGGUCAGAAUGGGCCUGGAGGAGCCGCCUGGUAACGAGCUGAGCCCAGAGCUGCAGCACACACUCACAGGCUGUUACCGAGUCAUGGAGGCUGCCAUAGAGCAGGCCUGCAGUCCGGCAUUGUCGCAGACCGCUGCACCCACUCAGGGCUCCAUCUCCUCACUCAGCCUGCAGCAGAGCAGGCAGGUCCUCGGGGUGCUGGAGGAGGCCUUCUCCGCUGUAAUGUACCACCUGCAACAGGUUGAUUCGAGUCGAUAUGGCGACCCUUUCAUUUUCGCCACGUUCCGUUCCCUGUGCUCAUGGCUGGCCGAGGAGACUUCCUGUCUGAAGGAGGAAGUGACUGGACUGCUGCCUUUCCUGAUUGGCUACUCCCAGAGCCACCUGCAGAGUGAGAGCCCAGAGCAGGGCCUCUCUGACUGGAUGGCUGAUGUGUCCAUCUCUGAGGAGAAAGGGGCCUGGACGGGCAAAGAACCUCUGAGGUAUCUCCUCCCAGCUCUGUGCCACCUGUCAGCAGAGGAAGGUCCCAGGAAGGUGCUGCUCACACUCGACACCCCGGCCCUGCUGGUGGACUUUCUCUCCCGGAGCUGGGCAUCCCUCAAGGGGAAAAGUGGGACGGCGUCAGGCAGAGAUCCCAGCAUGGAGACGGCCUGCUCAGCCCUCCUCAACUUCACCGUCACAGAACCGGAGAGAGUCAGGAAGGACCCAUGUUUCAGAACCCUGGAGGCUCUUCUGAGUGAAGCUCUUCCAGUUUUGGUGCAUAAACCCCACCUCCUGGUCCUUGCAGCAAAUUACUGCACUUUGGGGCUAAUGAUUGGCAGACUCAGAUCAGCCCCUGCAGGAUCUGUGGAAGCAGGCCAGAGACGCUUCUUCUCCUCAGCUCUCCGAUUCCUCCGCGGUGCCCUGGACUCUGGCCCCGGUUCGGUUAAGGUGAGCGUCAGCUGGGAGGACAGCUGGGACGAGGCUGCAGAGCUCUGGAGGUUGGGCUUACAGGCUCUGGGAGGCUGCGUCCGCGCUCAGCCCUGGAUCGCCACCUUGGUCAGAGAGGAAGGUUGGCUCAAACACACGCUCAGCAUGCUGGAUCAGUGUAGCUCGCUGCCUGACCAGCACACACAGGAGGCACUAGAGGAAGCUCUGUGCGCCAUGGCGGAGCAGUGCACGGUUUGUAAGCAGGAGAUUGGAGACACGAUGAUGAGAAAUGAUAAAGGAGCUCUGAGCGGUAUGAGGAGCUUGAAGAAAUCAGUGGGAGUGAAGUGAAACCAAACUGCUGCUGAUGGACAAUGUGCUCUUUGAUGGAGUAUUUUUAACUUGUGGAGUUGAAAAUGAAGUCACUCUGUGAAAAUAAAAAAGCACAGCUAUUAAUGAAGCCAAACUGGUGUGUUUAUUAGCCGUACCAAUCUGACAUGGAUAACGUUUUCUUGUAAAGACAUGAAAAGCCAGAGAUUCCCAAACCCACAUAGAAAACAGGGCAAAUGGUGUGUUUCUGUGUAUCCUAUUUUUUCAGUGUAAUUGUACCCUGAUAAUUUAGAAUAAAAUGCCUUCUGGUUUUCGCUUUUUGAAUCAGUGAAUAAAUCUGAAAAGUGGGCAGCUGUUCAUUUGCAACCAGGCGGAUUCCAGUUGGAACAGAAAGACGCAUGAGCUGUUUUCUUUCAUGUGAAUGCUGAAAUAUAAAUGCAUUUAAUAAAGGAAUAUUUUGUUAGAUAACAUUAAGCUUUGUCGCCAGUGUUACUUUAAUGUUUUUUUUUCUUUCAGCUGUA